GUGGGAUGCGCUUUAAAGGGUCGGUGUGGACUUGAUGGGCCGAGUGGCUUGCUUCCACACUGUGGGGAUUCUAACCCUAGAUUGUUCACAACUUCCAAUUUACAUGGAAGUGGGAUUAUAUUCUCUUUUACAAAAAACAUGAAGGGGAAUGCAUUUUGGCAAGUGACCAUCACCUAAUUCAAGAAAUUAAAAAUAAAACAUAAACUCGUCUGGUCUGGCGGCACCUGACCAGAGAGUCACAGUGUCUAACAUAAGGAGCGUCGCUCCGAAAGCUAGUGUGCUUCCAAUUAAACCUGUUGGACUAUAACCUGGUGUUGUGUGAUAUUUAUUUAAACGGGACUGCUUCAGAACCUUUAAUGAACAGUUUGCACGGCCAAUAGGGAGGGAGAGAGUGUGAGGCGGGUCAUUCAAUGAAACCUUCGGGGGGGAACCAUGCAGUUGAGCUGAACAACCUGAAUCUUUCAGGAGCAAAUUUGCAGCCAAGUUUUUUUUUUAAAUCGCACAAGUUUGCUUUUGUAUGCAAUUAACCUGAGGAUGGGCACACUGAAAGUAUCCAAACAGGGGUGUUUUGCAUUGCUACUUGUGAACCAGGAAGUGGAUGUGUUCUGAAUUGAGUUGGGGGGGAGAUGGCUGAGGUUCUGUUGCAUGUUCUGGGUUCCUACAGUGAUGCAGAGAGCAGGGCAGACAUGGACAGAGCUUGGGGAGCCGGGGACCCAGGGGCUUGCUUGUUGCUGGGCGAGGAAUCCCGCGGGAGGAGCUCUCUGCUGUUCCUGGCAGCGGCCGAAGCGGCGGGGCGCGGGGGCAGGCGAGUGCUGUUCCUCGCCCCGAGCCCGGUGCAGGCGCUGCCCGCCCCGCUGCUGCCGCUGGAGCCCGGCAGCCUGCGGAGGAUCGAGUUCGCCUACCCCCGGACGGCGGACGGGCUGCUGCAGGCGCUGGCCACCGUGCACCGUGCAGCCCGCGGCGGGCUGCCCUCCCUGCUGCUGGUGGACGGGCUGGACCGGUACCUGCAGGGAGGCGGGCAGGAGACGGCUCAGCGAGCGGCCAGGGUCGCCGCCCUGCUCCGGGACAGCGCCGGCUGGCUCAGCCAGCAACAACAGCCCGGCGCCCGGUGCCACAUCAUCGCAGCGCUCAAGGCUCCAAUUCCAGAGGAAACUGCGUCAGAUUCGUUCCUGCCUAUUAUCGAGCGUUACUUCCCAGUGAAGUGCAUGGUGAGAGAGGAGCAGUGUGAACCGGAGGGGGUCCAGCGUUAUCUCAUAUCCUUCUCCGGACUGGCAACGCCUGACGCCGAAGUGCCUCCGGAAUCACAAAACGUGGAGGACUGCACCUGGGAGCUGCUCUUCGAGGCAGAUAAAGUGACAGGAAUCCAUCUUGUGGCAAGGAACCAAGUUGCCUGUGAAGGGAAAUGAAAGAAGCCCUUUUUUGUUUUUACGGUUUAGCUCUGUGAUGAGAGGGACCCUAACUCCAGGAGAGAAAGUUUUCAAUGUGUUGAUUAAUUAAGCCCACAUUAGGCUGUCGAAGGCAAGACCUGAGAUGCCCGAGAUAUAGAAGGGAGCAGGUGUGGUUAUGGUACGCCCUCCUGGACAACAAUACAAAGUAGCAGAAUGCAGUUGGAUGUUUUAGUUAGGGAACUGAGAAGACCUUCGCUGAGUUAGGGUGGACUUUCUCUGAUUUUCAUUUUGUGCGAUGGUUGUAACUGAGGAGGGACACUGUGCUGAUUGUUAGCUAUGGCUAACCUCAGUUAAUGAGGGCCUCACUUGGGAUGGAGAGCCCAAGCACGGGCUGUAUCACUGGGAUCAGACCAGAUGGCUUUGACUGCGGAUUGGAGAGCAAAGCACGAAUUCCUGGACUCUCAAAGUUGAAACUUGGACAUUCCUUUUUUUUUUUAGAGAUAUGUGUGUAUGUUCCUACCAAACCUUGCAUCAGUCUGGAUAAAAAUAACCUAGUUUGAAUGCGUAAAGAAGUCAAAGGGUAAAGGAAUUGACUGUCAUGGACACCACAGCAUUGAUAUCAAUAAGUAAUUCAUUGGCUUUGCAAAGUCCAAGCAGGUGAUUGUUGCCAUUUAUUAAUACAUUCUCCUUUCUAUAACUAGUAUGUGGUCUUUGAUCUUUGAUCCUCUCCUAUUCUGCUCCAUUGUUUUUUAUGUAAACAAGGCCAUGGGAGUACUUUAUCCCCUGGCUAUUUGUGUUGAACCACAAGGACAAACUGGUUACCUGCCUCAUGGUCAUUGUGUGAAGAAUUGUCUGAUCACCGCCAUCUGUCAGGCCUUAAUUUAGUUCCUCCGCCGACAGAGAUUGGAAAGGAGGGGCUGAACGGAGGGUUGUUGGGUGAAGAAACAACAGUUCUUGCAAAGGGCACUCCCUUACUCCGCCCUUACCCAGCAAAACUUUCCUGCUGUGUCUCCCCUGCUUGCUGCGGGAAGGUAUAGAGAAUAUCCCAGUGAUGGACGCCCUUCAGACAGAGCGGUCACCCUGGAGAUCACCGAGUCCCCAGCAUCACGCCCCGUUCACCAGCUUUGGUGGGGCUCAUCCAUGCCAUAGCAUCUCAGUCUCUGCUAUUUUACUGUCAGGGCCAGUGAGGGGUCAGGGCAGGUUGGGGCCUACUAGGCUGUUCACUGAGUGGGCAUCCCACCACUCGAGCUGUCAUCAUUGUGAACUGUUCCCUUGGUGACAUUUAAUGAUACCCUGUGUGUUCACCCUCACUCAGUAUCUGAGCAGUUACACUUUCAGAAGAGUUUGGCCCUCAAGGAAGGGUGGACUGAAGGAGUCGGAUAGUGAAUAGUAGUUUAUUCCCAGGCUCUGAAAGGGUAGGGCUUGCUUCCCAACUUCCAGUUGUUAAACUCCGAUCCCUGACUGCGAGUGCUUGAACUCCCGUGUACGGGUGCGAUGGCCCUUCUGGUCGAAUAGCCGACUGGCCCUCACUAUUCAGGGUCACAGGCGGAAUGUGACGAUUCGCUGGCCGUGUGGGAAUGCAACGUGUCAACACAUUGAUAAAGAAGUGUCAUUCGUCUUCUCUAACCUGACGUUUGAGUGGAAACAAAGUGAGUCAUGCAUCGCAAAGCCCCGAGAAAUUUUGUCACGGAAUUGUUUUUUGAUGUUGCCAUUGAAUGGGUAUAAAAAUGAGUUGCAAGUUG